AUGUAUAUCUUUAAAAAGAAAACAGAUUCAAAAUCAAAAUCAAACUCAAAUGAUAAUUUUAGAAAUGGUAUACUUACACAAAAUGAAUUACGUGAAUUGGUAUUUAUAUCUUUACGUCGUUACAAUUUUAAACUCACCAAUCUCCUCUUAUCAACUAUUACAAUCACAAAAAUACAAUUUGAAAAACAUUCAUCCAAACCAAUUUAUUUUCAUUUUAAAGAUAGAUUUAAAUAA